AUGGCUUGCUCCAUUGAUGCGUCAUCGCAGGCCACCAUCCACAAGACUUCUCCCACUGCGGCGACAUCGCAGGCCACCAUCCACACGACUUCUCCCACUGCGGCACCAUCAUCGACGACCAUCCACACGGCUUCGUAUACGGCACACCCAGCAUCACCUCACCCAUCGGUGCCGACUUCAACCCACACCAUCCUGGUCCUCCCAAAUACUCCAUUCCUUCGCCUCUCCUCCACUUACGCUCUACUCUGCUCAUUCGUGUGCUCUCCUCGCGCCUUUUAUACUCUCCCUCACCUUCACCUCAUCCUCCUCCUUCACCUCCUACUUCCUCUUCUUCUUCUUCUUCUACUUCUUUUACUUCACCCCUCUUCUUCUCGUGCCGCGUGA